AUGAUCAAGUCAUCUUCUCCCAGAUGGGACAUGCUGCUACAUUCUUUAGCCUCAGACUCAGAACGCACAAAUGUGGCUUCCAUCAUGGCUGCUGAAAAUCUGGGGUUUAGAGACAUUAUUAAAUACGGGAUUAUUCUUAUGGGCUCAGCCAUUGACUCCGACUCUUUCGACCGCGCCCUAUGCGCUCCUUUGACGCCCUGGGCGGAGUCACUCACCAAAACUUUGGGCGGUCUGGAUAUCGGAGCCGUAUGCAGUGCUGGAAUGCGCUUCUUGGCAAGUUUAGAGGGACCAGCCGAUCAUCCGUUCGGAAUUUCUUACUCCCUACCUCGCCCUCAUGAAUUGUCGCUCUGCGGUAUGAAACCGCCCCUCUAUUAUACCUCCCCCGCCACCCCAUGGCUGACGUUUGCGUCUGCCUGCGUAAUCAAUGCACGCCUUUUAUCGAUUCCUCUUGCGGAGAUCAUGAACCCUAAUGCCCGAUCUCCGUCCUCGGGCGGCUCGUUUCCCAGGAUGGCUUUGAGCCUUUCACCGACCUGGGAGCAACUCACGAUCCCACAUUAUCGCUAUAUUGAUACGCUUCCAUGGCCAUCCGUACGGUCACGACUUAUCAUAUCAUUACAGGGAAACCCUCCCAUGAUCGACCACAAUGAAUUUGCCAACGACUUGGUACACAAUGGCAUCCGGUGCUGGAUAUCCUCCAACGAGUCCUGGCCCGAAGGAGAUGCCCCAUGGCACCCUUACUGCUGGGAAGUUAUGCCGUGGUUCUUCGAACAAUGGCGGUUCAUCUUUCAGAAUUAUAUGGAUGAUGCGGACUCGUCAUAUCAAUACCAAAAAUCACGAAGUAUUUGA